AUGCAGGUGGCGCUGUCGCGGGACGGCCUCCUGUACAGCUGGGGCGGCGGCGGGUGCGGACAGCUCGGCCACACCGAGACGUCCAAGAUGCUCAAGGACGAGGACGGGUGUCCGUACCAGCUCACGCCGCGGGUGGUGGAGAACCUGAGGCCGCACGUGAUAGCCACGAUCGCCUGCGGCAAGGCGCACACGAUCGCCGUCUCGGACAGGGGGCGCAUGUACACGUGGGGGGCCGGCGCGUGCGGCCAGCUCGGGCACCCGGACACGAGCAGCUUCCCCUCGGACGAGGACGGCUACCCGUUCCAGCCCGUGCCACGCGAGGUCGAGCAGCUGCGCGACCACCGCGUGGUGUCCACCGCCUGCGGCGACGUGCACACGCUCGCCCUGACGGGCCCUGCUCCCCCCAGCAGUCGCAGGCCUAGAGGUUGACACCGACACCAAUUUCGG